AUGAGAGAUAUCGAGGAUUUCGUGUUCACUAAUAAGCAGUGCCUGGCGGUUUGUAUAGCGAAGAAUGAGAACACGAAACUCUCGCAAAUCUACCAACUUCUGGCACUUGACGACAAAGAGGAGCAUUUCGAAUCGCAGCCAUUGAGCCAUAAUGUCCGCUGUUCUCUGAUUGGAGUCGCUAAUUUCCUGUUACAUAGCCAUGGAAGAUUCGCUGAUGAUCUGGUUCCAAUGCUCCUUAGAGCUCUCACCGCUCUUCCACACAUGAAAUGGAUCGAUGAUGGUCUGCUGAACAAAUCUGACAGAAUUCCUGUCCAAGAGCAAUUCGCGUUUUGUUUCAACACAUCCUUAUCCGAUUUGGCUGCUCAUUUACCCCGACUCCGCGAGCAUAUCGUUUCUGCUCAAUGUGACGCCCUGGCUUGUUCAGUGUCUUCGGUUUAUGAUCUUCUGGAAGACAAGGAGAAUCUCGAGCACAACUAUUCGCAUAUUAUCAAAUUGAUGUGCUAUGUGCUCGGUUUGACUAGGUCGAUUGGAAGAUUUUCUACGGAUUAUGAUACUCCGCUGAUUUCUCUGAUCUUCCCACUACCGAUGGAUGAGACCAAGAAGUUGAAGGGUACUUCUAGUGGGGAGAUAAUCCAUCGAAUCAGCACCGACGAGUUCACAUUCGACACUCCUGAAAACUCUGAGAACCUUCUUCGAGACCAAACGAGACUUAUCCGGAUGUACAACAAACUCGGUGCCUCGUUUCUCUUCCACAACUUCACGGGCGGUCUAAAACUGGAGAUGUCGGCUCAAGACCUGGAAAAGCUCUUCGAUUCCGUACAACGACUAAUGGAUUCGAAAUUCCUGGAAGUGCUGGAUGAGAUAUCUGGAGAAAUAUUCCAAAGUGGAGGCGCCGUCAAACGAAAUCCCUACAAAUCAAUGUCAGAGAUUGUGAAUUUGUGUAGUUUGACACUUUUGAAGGAUGUUUUGGGACCGUAUCAGGUGUCUUCGAAGGAUAGCCCUGUUUCCGAGAAGUUUGCUAAGGAAAUUGGCGUUUUUUCGAAAGCGGCACUACAAAAGCUGGAUUCUGAGCUGCAAGGGCUUCAGCAUUCGUCAGAGCCAGUUAUGAAUCCAACCACAGAAGUUUCCCGUCAAAAACUCAACAUGCAAUCAGCUACAGUAUCCCUUCAGCUAAUCGCCUGGGCAGCUGUAGAUGAUAUUGAUGCUGAUACGAUUUGUACUGAAAUUAUCACUAGGCUAUUUGCAAAUCAGCCCCAGAGGACUAUAAUCUCGCAACUUCCUCUCUACCUUAAAGCUAUUUCUAGUAUGGCUACACUGGCGGAGAAAUUUCCAGCUGUUGCGACAACCGCCGUCAAUCAGAAUCUCCAACGAUUUCUAUUGGAGCCAGCACCAAUGUUAACGAAGCUGGCGUCAGAUACGUCUACACUGGAGCGAGGAAAAUCAGCUGAAGACGUGAUUCAAAACUCGAAAUCUAGCUCGAAUAUCGAAGCGAUUUCCAAGCGAAAGCUAGCGCUGGAUGCUCUCCGAAACGCGGCUAUCAAAGCGAUUUGUCGCGCGCUGAAAUCGUCGAUUCGAAUGGAGAGUGACAGUGUACAGCAGUGUUUGGCAGGAUUGUCCACGAAGCUUUUUGUGUGCUCCAAUGCUCAGAAUUUCGUUGUCUCCUUGGUAUGCGAAAAUGCGAUCCAGACCCUCGGCGGCAUCGGAGUCGGAUUAGUCGACUCGACAGCUGUGGAAGUUCCCGAGAUGGUUGUUCAAAUCUAUCUUCAGAGAUUCGCGAAUCCACCGUCCCAGCUGGAUGUGACUAUGAUCAGAUGUCUAGCGGAGAUGUGGAUUGCUGGAGCUUUAGGGCGCUCAAUUUACGAAAACGUUUGGAAACUGUUCACCCAGAUUUGCAUCGAAUCAUCGAAUCGGGUGUACAGUCAGGGAAACAACGAUUCUAAUGAUCAGAGAUACACACAUGUCUCCUUGGCUGUUGAUAUGGCGAUGAGUCGAAUGGCAGUGAGUGUCAAGAAUGAGGAUGACAAGAUGACGUUGCUAGUCAGACUUCUGGAGCUCUUCGUCCAACUUGGCAUCGAAGGACGACGAGUGGGAGAGAAGGUCUCGAAGAGUACGGUCAAGAUGUCCACCAGCGCUGGAAACCUCGGAGUGCUAAUGCCAAAAAUCGCCUCGUUGCUCCGAAGAAUGCAGCCGAUCUCCGAACCAACUCCGAAACUUCGAUCUCUAUUCCGCGACUUCUGGUUCUAUUGCACUGUCCUUGGCUUCGACGUCGAAUCAUCCAGCUUAUGGCCAGAAGAAUGGUACAACGCUGUUUGCGAGACUGCGACGAAGACGCCAGUGCUGAUCGCUUCCGAGAAUUUGAGAUCCGAGUUGAUUGAUAACGCGGCGAUCAGAUCAGACUCUAUCUCUCCGCAAGAGCUUCAAGAGAUGCGGAAUACGGUACUCGCCGAACUCAGUCAUCAAUCGGAGGCUGUACCUUUAAUCAACAGAUUUGAUUUCGCCAACUGCACCUAUCUUUUAUCAGUUCAUCGAAUGGAAUCUAUGCGGCUGAUCCACGCAAACCAUGUGGAUGCAUUCAGCUCAUUUUUCAAAUACAUAGAGGAUAAGACCGUUAGAAAGGAUAAAUCUGGGCUCUGGACGUGUAUGCUUGCAGCAGCUCCCCGGAUAUUUUGGACAUGGUGUGGAAAGAUGAUGAAAAGGAGGGAUAACGAUGAACCUACUGAAGAAGCACUCGUUUGGCAUGCACAGUUCCUUCUAUUCAAAUUCAAUCAUCACCUUCGAGAAGUCAGGAAAGUAGCUGAUGCCUGUCUGAGUCAACUUGUCAAAGCCUUUCCUUAUCUUCUAUGGAAUACCAAGGUGCUCACAACCAUUCUACGUUUGCUCCAAGAACUUGAAGACAAUCUACAGAAGGAUCCGACUUGCAAAGAGCCCCAGUUUACUAUGGAUGGAUUCGAAAAAGGUUGGACUAUUCAGCUACAAGACUCCAUUGAAGGAAGGCGAUCGGUGGUGAAGGACUUCUCAAUGAGAGUCAAGCAAAUUCUAAAGGAAGCAUUGCAAUGGGCACCUGCCUCAACUCAUAGUAAUCUUUUGGAGUAUGUGUCGAAGUUCGGAGCGGAGAGAGAUGCGGCGAUGCAGUUGGCUAUAGAUGCUACCAGUGAAGGAGGCAAAGGAAAGUCUGGAUCCUAUUUAACGUCUCUCUACAAGAGAAGUAACUAUUUGGGACAAGUCAAGGGGAUGCUGGCGACGACGUUGAGUGGGGAUAUCGAUCAGGUUACUGCUGAGAAUUCGUUGAUUGAUCGAUUGGAGAAGGAUUUUCAGAGAGCCUGCAAAAGUGGAAAAGACAAUGAAAUGGAGCAAGCCGUCCUCCUCCUCACCGCCCUUUUCGUCAGCCUUCGCUCCAUGAACGAACGAAUUCUGACGCUUCUCGUCCGAACGCCCCUUCACAACUUCACCGAAUCUACGAUAUCUCUGUGCACAAUGGCUUGGAACUGGUUGCUCAGCGCCCGCCCAGAAGCUCACAGUCUGUUCCUCCAUGAGCAAGCUAGAGCGUUCGCCGACUCUUGCCGUUUUGGUUUGGGACUUUUCGAGAAGGAACACGUGGAUAUGAGUUUGUCUCCAUUGUGCCGUCAAGUCGAACGACCACCACCAUCCGCCAACUUCCGACCGCAUCGAGAAUGGAUCGAGUUCAUAGGAGAGCGAUGUGACGUGGCAUCGUAUUCAUCUCGAGAGCAGCUGGAUGUUCUAGAAAUGAUGUUUGCGCAAACCCUCUCCGCUCAAAUUGGAACCGGUCAUCUUCAUGGAUCUACAGUAGUCAACAAUAUAGGAAACUUGACUGGCCCCACAAGAAAAGAGUCCAUUAAUCAGGUGACACGUGGCAUUGAAGCUGUCGGAGUUAGAUUCAGGCUCCUCUCUUGUGUACUUGGAAUGAUUCAACAGGAUGCUUGCUUGCUCCGCCCUACGAAUCUACUUAUUCGUCAAAGAGUCUAUUCCAGUGCCUUCCACUAUUUCACUAUAGCACCACAAGGACCAACACAAGGGGAAGAUGCGUUGAGGGAGGAUAUUAAGCUUCUGGCGAAAUUUUUUGAUCAUCUACAGAAUGAUAAGUAUUAUAUGGUCAAGGAGACAAUGGCUAAGAACGAUAAGAAUGUGGGAUUGGCAACAACAAUGUCGCAUAUGCAGACCGCUUUUGAGAAGAGUCUGCUGGUCAGUGGGACUGGAGCAGCGACAACCACAGGAACUCCGACAGCAGCUACGCUGAUGCUUCCUCCGACUACAAACUACGCAAACACCCUAACGCUAUCGUCCCAGAAGGCUAUGGCUGCCGCUACAGCUUCCAUGAAGAGUGGCAAAACGAUUGAAGCAAAAUUGACGAUAGAGGAAAAUAAGAGAAUCAAUGUCUACUUGAAACAGAGACAUAUUCUGAUGCUCCUGGUUGCCAAUGAAAUUGAGAGACUAUCCGCUUGGCUCCAUCCACUGGCGUUGGGACAAGAAGACUGUACGAUAGUAUCUGAGCAGUUUCUAAGAACCACCAUUGCCGAAAUCGUAGGUGCGGUCGUGAAUCCGGAGAACAAGAAGAGAAAGUGUUGGAAGGAUCCGGCUGAUAUCGCUUGGAGUAUCUCACCGGAACUGGCGAUUCAACUACCGUCACGAUUCAGAGGAUACCAGGAUCUAGCAGAUGCAGUCGAGAGGCUUGUGAGAUUGCAGCCUGAGCUGGUUGCUCAUAUUCCAGAAGCCCUCCCAUUGUUUUUAAAUGGUGGACAUGUUUUUGAAACGGCUGAAAUGUCGCAUGUGCUCACUUGGGCUCGUUGCUCACCGGUGAUGGCUCUCUCGUUGCUCACACCCAGACAGUAUUCGAUUCAUCCAAUUUCCAUGCAAUAUGCUGUGAGGGUGUUGAGAAGUUAUCCAGCUGAUGCGUUGUUGAUGUAUAUCCCGCAGAUUGUGCAGUCGGUUAGAUAUGACACAAUGGGAUACAUCGCUGAGCUGAUGAUAUGGCUAGCUGGCCACUCUCAGCUCCUCGCUCACCAACUGAUAUGGAACAUGCAAACGAAUAUGUACACAGAUGAGGAUAGUAAGACAAAGGAUCCAGUGCUAUUCGAGCCAUUAAACGACAUAAUGCAACGAAUCAUGUCUCAACUGGAAGGAGCCGCCCGUCGAUUCCACGAAGCGGAAUUCAAGCUAUUCCAUCAGCUUACCGCCAUAUCCGGAACCAUCAAGCCUUUCCCGAAAGGCGAUGCUCGUAAGAAGGCGUGUCUGAAGGCGUUGGCUGAUGUGAAAAUUGAAACGAUCACCUAUCUUCCGUCGAAUCCUGAAGCCGUGUUGCUUGACUUGGACUAUUCAUCUGGAACGCCAAUGCAAUCAGCUGCAAAGGCACCGUUUUUAGCCCGCUUCCGAGUGAAACGAUGUGGAGUUCGAGAAUUGGAGCACAUUGGUCUACAAGCUCAAUCUGAAAAAGAGGGAAAAUCCUCAGAAGCGGACCUGGAAACAUUGCGAAAAGUGCAGGAUAGUCGAGUAUGUUGGCAAGCAGCGAUUUUCAAAGUUGGCGACGACGUACGACAGGAUAUGCUGGCUCUUCAACUCAUGCAACUCAUGAAGAACGUGUGGGCGGGGCUUGGCUUGCCGGUGAGAGUGUUCCCGUAUCGAGUGGUUGCCACGUCACCAGGAUGUGGAGUUAUCGAGUGUGUGCCGAAUUCGAAGAGUCGAGAUCAGUUGGGACGGCAGACGGAUUUCGGGCUGUAUGAGUACUUCAAGACGCAAUACGGCGACGAAAGCAGUGAAACGUUCCAAGAAGCGCGUCGUAACUUUGUGCGAAGCAUGGCAGCCUAUUCAGUCUUCAGCUUUUUACUUCAAAUCAAAGAUCGACACAAUGGAAAUAUAAUGAUUGAUUUGGAUGGACACAUUAUCCAUAUUGAUUUUGGUUUCAUGUUCGAGAGCAGUCCUGGAGGCAAUCUGGGAUUUGAGCCGGAUUUCAAGCUCAGCGAGGAGAUGGUAGCGAUUAUGGGUGGAAAAAUGGAAGCGGCUCCGUUCAGACAGUUCGCUUCUCUUUGUGUUCAUGCCUAUCUGGCAGUUCGUCCGUACCAUAAAUCGUUUGUCUCGUUGGUUUCAUUGAUGCUAGACACUCAUCUUCCAUGCUUCCGAGGAAAGACAAUUCAACAGUUGAGAACGAGAUUCGCACCGGAUAUGAAUGAGAAGGAUGCGGCGAAAUACAUGCAUUCGGUGAUCACCAACUGCUUCCUGAACAUUCGCUCGAAGAUGUACGAUCAGCUACAGUACUUCCAGAACGAGAUUCCUUACUAA